CUUCCUUUAACUUCCGUCGCGUCUCGCGGGCCGCAGGACUUGAUCCGAAGAGCUCCGACAGUCCCAGAGGAGACCUGCUGGAUCUCAGAGACCAGGACCGAGAGCGGGAUGGAGGAGGACAACCAGGACCCGGAGCCCCGGAGCAACAACGUCCCCGGAGGACAAACAGCAGGCUCGAGCUCUGAUAGCACCGAUGUUCAGAGAGGGAGAGAUGGGCUCAAACGUCAUCAAUGUCAGCACUGUGACAAAUCCUUCAAAACAUCUGCAAAUUUAAAGGUUCAUCAGAGAGUUCACACUGGAGACAUGUACAGCUGUGACCAGUGUGGGAAAGCUUUCACUACAUCAGAUCGGCUAAAGGUGCACAAUCGUGUUCACACUGGAGAGAAACCUUACAGCUGUGACCAGUGUGGGAAAGCUUUCACUACAUCAAAUCGGCUAAAGGAGCACAAACGUGUUCACACUGGAGAGAAACCUUACAGCUGUCAGCACUGUGACAAAUCUUUCAAAACAUCUGCAAAUUUAAAGGUUCAUCAGAGAGUUCACACUGGAGACAUGUACAGCUGUGACCAGUGUGGGAAAUCCUUCACUGCAUCAGGUCAGCUAAAGGUGCACCAACGUGUUCACACGGGAGACAAACCGCACAGCUGUGACCAGUGUGGGAAAGCUUUCACUUUAUCAGGUAACCUAAAAAAACACAAACUUCUUCACACGGGAGAGAAACCAUACAGCUGUGACCAGUGUGGGAAAGCUUUCACUACAUCAGAUCAGCUAAAGGAGCACCAACGAGUUCACACUGGAGAGAAACCUUACAGCUGUGACCAGUGUGGGAAAACCUUCACUACAAAAAGUGCCCUGGCUAAGCACAGAUUCUUUCACACUGGAGAGAAACCGUAUAGCUGUGACCAGUGUGGGAAAGCUUUCGCUAAAUCAUGUCAGUUAAAGGUGCACCAACGUGUUCACACUGGAGUGAAGCCAUACUGGUGUGACCAGUGUGGGAAAGCUUUCUCUGACUCAAGUUACCUAAAGGUGCACCAACGUGUUCACUCUGGAGAGAAGCCGUACGCCUGUGACCAGUGUGGGAAAGCUUUUACUCGAUCACAUGACCUAAAAAUCCACCAACGUGCUCACACUGGAGAGAAACCUUACAGCUGUGACCAGUGUGGGAAAGCCUUCACUACAAAACGUGCCCUGGCUAAGCACAGAUUCGUUCACACUGGAGAGAAACCAUGCAGCUGUGACCAGUGUGGGAAAGCCUUCACUACAAAACGUGCCCUGGCUAAGCACAGAUUCAUUCACACUGGAGAAAAACCUUACAGCUGUGAACAGUGUGGGAAAGCUUUCAUUACAUCAGAUCGGCUAAAGGUGCACCAACGAGUUCACACAGGAGAGAAGCCAUACAGCUGUGACCAGUGUGGGAAAGCUUUCAUUGCAUCAGAUCGGCUAAAGGUGCACCAACGAGUUCACACAGGAGAGAAGCCGUACAGCUGUGACCAGUGUGGGAAAGCUUUUUCUUCAUCAAGUUAUUUGAAGUCGCAUCAACGCGUUCACACAGGAGAGAAGCCGUACAGCUGUGACCAGUGUGGGAAAGCUUUUGCUUCAUCAAGUUACUUAAAGUUGCAUCAACGCUUUCACACACGAGAGAAGCCGUACAGCUGUGACCAGUGUGGGAAAUCUUUUGCUUCAGUAGGUUAUCUAAAUGUCCACAGACGGUUUCACACUGGACAGAAACCAUACUGGUGUGAAAAGUGUGGGAAAACUUUUACUACAUCAGGUGGUCUAAAGUAUCAUGAACGCGCUCACACAGGAGAGAAGCCGUACGGCUGUGACCAGUGUGGGAAAGCGUUUGCUUCAGUAGGUUAUCUAAAUAUCCACAGACGCAUUCACACUGGACAGAAACCAUACUGGUGUGGAAAGUGUGGGAAAACUUAUCCUACAUCAGGUUAUCUGAAGUUGCAUCAACGCAUUCACACAGGAGAGAAGCCGUACAGAUGUGACCAAUGUGGGAAAGCUUUCACUGCAUUAGAGAGGCUAAAGUUGCAUCAACGCAUUCACACAGGAGAGAAGCCGUACAGCUGUGACCAGUGUGGGAAAGCUUUUGCUUCAGUAGGUAAUCUAAAUGUCCACAGACGCUUUCACACUGGGCAGAAACCAUACUGGUGUGAAAAGUGUGGGAAAACUUUUACUACAUCAGGUUGUCUAAAGGUGCAUCAACGCGUUCACACUAGAGGUCUGCAAGCCCGUCGGGUUCUGACGCGCCGCUUCAGCACCUCUAAAGUACGCUCCGUCACAGCGCCCUUACACAAAUAAAAUCCGAGACUUCAUCUAGCCUGAUAGGGUAAGUCUAAUGGAUAUCCUUAUUUACUAUUAGGUUUGGUAGCUAAUAAUGGUUUCUGAUCACCCUUUAAAACGAUGUGCAGGUAUGCCAUGCAUUUAAAUAGGCCUAAUUAAUUAUUUGGUAGUAACUUAAUAAAUAGACGGAUGGCAAAUUUCAGGCGCUCCUGCACCUAAUAAUUUACAAAUUAGUAUUAUUAAGCAUGGUUGCAUUGAAUAUAUUCCAAAUAGCCUAAGCAAUAGGAACAUAGGCUACUUGUGCGUUACUAUACACGUGACGUUGAACAUGCAGAGCAGUGAGAAAUUGGAGUGUGUGUAGGCCAAUGUGUGUGUAUAUCCAAAAUAAGUGCGCCAGAGGCAGCUGAAGUUGAUGUCGGGCUCGGGUUGUGCUGAAUAAUUGCAGAUGUUAUCGGGUCGGGCUGGGCUUUCACACCAGGGGCCAGGUUAGUGCCGGAUUUUUGGGGCCAUGCAAGGUUCUAGUUCACACAGGAGAGAAGCCGCACAGCUGUGACGAAAGUGAUUCAGUGCAAGAGGCUGCAAAGGCUCAAAAAUUCUGUAAACAGGAACGGGACAGCCCUUUGCCACAUAAUCACGUUACCUUGAUGACGCUGAAACAUGUUGCACACUUUUUAUUUCGUGUGUUUGCCUGAUUUUUAGGUUUUGCAGUUCUUGUCCUACAGAGUAGAGGAGAGGUAAAUGUCAAUCAACCUUUGUCAAUAAUCGAUUGCUUUCCUCUGACUUCAUGUGUUCUAUGUAGGCUACAGCGUUGGUGUUGAUGCUUGUUUGUUCACCAUAUUUCUUUUCUUAUUAUGCGGAUUUGACGUGAUUUUUUUGCUUCCAGGCUUCCCCUGGUAACCCCUGUGUUUUGCGUCAUACCGCUAUAAACUGGGCAGUUCCCUCACGCAGAGUCUGCAGAAAUGCGGACUUACGAAAAGGGCUCAAAAAGGGUUUAAGAAAGGCUGAAAAUGUCAGCGAGAGCCCUCGCGCACUUGACGAUUUGACAGCGGGACAGCCUUAAGCCCUCGUGGACUUCCCGGGAAUGCGCCUCAAACUCUGAGGGUGAACAUUGCGAUUGGUCCUAGGAGUGUGACGAGACACUUGGGUCACAUGAGAAGACACAAGAUCGGGUUCACUAGAACGAGACAUGAUUUUAAGACUAUUUUAAAAGAAAUCAAACUGAAUUAUAUGAACAGUUUGAGCAUUAAACAUUUAAUUUCCUGUGUUCUGGUUAAAAUGACAUUUAAUUCAGUCAUUUGAGUCAUUUAAUAAUAAUAAUUGAGUGGAAUCCAUGCGACCCUGAACUUUAGACUCCCAGUACCGCCACUGGCCACACAGUCCCACAGGAUGAUGGAACCUCCACCAAUUUUUACUGUGGGUAGCAAGUGUUUGUCUUGCUCGCACUGUAUUCUGUUGCCGCCAUGCAUAACGCCUCUUGUUAUGACCAAAUAACUUAAUCCGUGUCAUUCAUAAGUCUACAGCACCUUCUUCCAAAAUGAAGCUGGCUUGUUCAAAUGUGCGUUUGCAUACCUCAAGCGACUCUGUAGGCCUUAACAAGAACUGUGCCUGUGGUCUUCCAUUUUCUCACUACGGACACUGACAGCUCCGCGAUGGCUUUUUGUAGCCUUCCCCUAAACCAUAAUGUUGAACAAUCUUAGUUUUCAGGUCAUUUGAGAGUUGUUUUGGGGCUCCCAUGUUGCCACGCUUCAGAGGAGAGUCAAAGAGAACAACAACUUGUAAUUGGCCACCAUAAAUAUGUUUUCUCAUGAUUGGAUGCACCUAUGAAGUUCAAGGCUUGAUGAGCUCACCAAACCAAAUGUGUGUUCCAAUUAAUCAGUGCUAGGUAGUUACAGGUUUUCAAAUCAAUACAAUGACAAAGAUGCUCAAAUUUAUGCAUCUGUUGAAUCUUGUGGCAACUUUGAUUUUGACAAAACUGCUUAAAUUAAAUAUGUUUUGAUUCCCUAGCUUGCUCACUACUCAAGAAUGUCUCUGUUAUACAAAAACAGCUGAAGCUAAUUUAUUUUGUUUACUAAUGAGUGUCUACUUAAACGGUAAGAUGAGAGCAUUCAUUGAUGAACUGACAGUUUUUCUUUAUAAACUCAUUGUGACCAUGGGACGGCCAAAGGGGGAGCUGUAAUGGAAACAAAUAUAUUUUACCUGCAGUGUUUCCCACACGUUCAUUUAUUUGUGGCGGCCCGCCACAAUAUCAAAUUUUUUUUUAAGCCUAUUUAAAAUCGUAUUUGAUUGCAGAGAGCCGUAGCGCGUUAGUUCAGCACUUUCUCUCACCCGUCCCUCUCCCUCAUGGAACCUCUCUCUCUCUUUCUCUCACUCACCCUUACCUCUCUCUCUCCCUCAUGGAGCACCAAUGCACAAGUCUGUCCAACACAACGCUAUCAAUGUCGGAGACCCAGCUUAAAAAAGUUGUUAGCCAGCAUGCAAGGAGCCUUGCUAAUUAGGAGAGCUAAGGUAGUGUUAGAAUGCAGCUGGAUUCUCGAGGCUAGCACGCUGUACGUAGCUGUUAGUCAAUAUCGACUCCCCUUCUGGGAGUUUCCACUGUGGUUCAAGGCUGAGAAAGGCUUUUCUGUUGGACUCCACAAUUAUUCUCUAGCAUUAAAUGUCUUCUCUGGUCCAGACACUCUAACAGCCCUCUGGUGUAUGUGCUCUGCCCCUCAGCUGAAUCACUCUGUUAUUCUUACUUUAAUAAAUAUCACAAAGACAA